GGGAGGGGCCGGCAUCACGCUCGUAAUCCGGGCGGCCCAGGUCGGGGCUGUGGGCGCGAGGGCCGCCGCCCACGGGGUCCCGACGCCGAGCGCCUCAACCCGUCGCGCUCGCCCGUGGCCCCGAGGCCAGCGUCCGCCCUCCGGGUCCGGCCUCCAGACAGAGGCGGGGCCGAGGUCUCCUCGGCUGGACCCGCGGGAGUCCCGGGUCUGGGUUCCGAACCCAGCGGGUGCCGCGGCUCCACACGGGGCCUCCAUCGCCGCCAGUGAGCCAUGUUCCAGGCUGCAGGAGCCACCCAGGCCACCCCCUCCCACGAAGCCAAAGGUGGCAGUGGCAGCAGCGCGGUUCAGCGCUCCAAGUCCUUCAGCCUUCGCGCCCAGGUGAAGGAGACCUGCACUGCCUGCCAGAAGACCGUGUACCCCAUGGAGCGGCUGGUGGCCGACAAGCUCAUUUUCCACAACUCUUGCUUCUGCUGCAAGCACUGCCACACCAAGCUCAGCCUGGGCAGCUACGCGGCGCUGCACGGAGAAUUUUACUGCAAACCCCACUUUCAGCAGCUGUUUAAGAGCAAAGGCAACUACGACGAAGGCUUCGGCCGGAAGCAGCACAAGGAGCUCUGGGCCCACAAGGAGGUGGACCCCGGCACCAAGACAGCCUGAGGCCCCUCUCACCAUCCACUCCCUCCUCCUUCCGUCGAGGGCCUGGAGCAGGCAGCGGGCAGGGUGGGAGAGAGGUUGGACCCGGCCCCGGCGGGGUCAGGGUGGGAAGGGGAUGAGGCUGUCUUGCUCGGGCAGAGGGUCUUGGGGGCAGGGCUCUGCUUCGGGAUUCCUUCCUUCUCCCUCAGUGGGUGGGGGGGUUAGGGAACCAGGACUGGGCUUUGCUCACCAGCCCGCUUCCUGCUGCUUCCAGCCUACCCCACCUUACCCCACGGCCCCCUGGGAAGGCCCCCCAACCCAGCUUCCCUAUCUAGGUGCCUUUUCUCCAGCAAGGAGUCAGCAUGCCCCCCUCAGGGUCCCAAGCUCCCUCACUGCCACCCAGGGCCCUGUGUGGCCCCCACAUCUCCCCAUCUACCUCUGCCCUUAGCCUGGUCCUGAGCCAUGGAGACUGCAGGAAGGUGAGCCAGGAUGCCCCCUGCUGGGUCUCUCCAAAUGCCCACCAGGACCCAGUGGGGGAGGGGAGGGAAAGUGGAAGAGCCCCGCCCUCCUCACCCCCCCCACCCCCAGGCGAGGCAGGGCAUGCCCAUUAGGGCUUGGGACCAUCCCACACCACGGAAGCAGCAGAAGCUAAAGCACCGGCCAGGCUGAGAGCCACAGAGACUGGUGGGGAGCUGGCAGGGUCACGUUCCCCUCUUCUCCCAUUUCUGCCGGUUUUGACUGUUGUAAUCAACCCUGUUUUAAACACGUUUCAACAGAUCCUGACUGUGUAUUAUGUGGCCUGAUGGGGGUUUUGUGGCAGGAAGGAUACAGAGUCACCACACAGAAGUGAAGGGGGACAGGGUCAGCCCAAAGCACCCCUGGCCUUGAUUGGUGGUGGGGGGCUGAUGGUGAUGGGUGUCAGGGGAAUGAACACUGGGCAGCCUGAGAAAAGGGGGUGCGCUUCCCAGCCAGGUCUUCAUACUGUCAAACCCAGAGUGUCUGAUGACUGAACUCCACUUUGCCCCUCAGUCUGUGUUGCUUAAGGUCAGGCCGUCAGUGGGUAAUGGUGCUGCGCCUCGCUACACUUCAGUAUGUUGGGGUACACGACAGAAUCCUUUUGCUGAGUCGUCUGAGCCCCCUUUGCCCUGGAAUGGUGGGAACCAGCAGAUCCAGCAAUUUGUAUCAAAGGUCUCCUAGUCUCUGUGCCCUUUCCCCAUCUGUCCUCUUCCUCCUGCUUUUUCAAGCUCCAGGGAAUGGGGCAGCCGUGGUCACCAUCCCAAGCAGCCUAAGGAGAAACAGCUCGUCUGCUCUUCUGAGGGGACAACAGUUUACAACAAACAAGGCAAGCUUGGAGGACCUAAGAUCCUCCCCUGCUCCCACCCCCACCCCAACAGAAUACAGGCAGGAUGUCUGGCUUGUCCUGCCCCAGACCCAACCAUCCUGAUUUCCCCCAACUGCCUGUGGACUAUGUGACUUGGUGGAACAAGAGGGCAGACUCCUGGGGGAUUUGCUACCUCCACCCCAUAUACGUCCUUAAGUUCCUAAGUGACCUCAUGCCCAUAGAACAGGGCAGGGAGCUGGGCCUCAAACUCCGAAGGCAGGUGGGCGGGCCACUGUGCUAUGUUGCCCCUGGAAAUGGCAGAGCUAACAGCAAGCAGAGUUGGCACCCCGAGCCUGGGUCCUCAGAGCGUGAGGAGGGCUGCUGAGAGCCUCACUUGGGGCA